AGCUGCCCGAUUACCCAAUACUUCCCGGGCCAUUACCUACCCCACCACCCCGCCAUUGAAGAAUUCAUAGUUUUGCGCGCAUCAUAAGAAAAGAGAAAAAUAAAAUAGAUAUUGUGACAUUGCGACUCUUUCCUCUUCUUUGUUGCUUCUCUGUUAUUCUAACUCACCCAAUUACCGAUCUACAACUUCGCCCGCCAUGGCUACUAUCGUGUUAGGUGUCCAAUGGGGAGAUGAAGGGAAAGGCAAACUUUGCGAUGUUCUCAGCUCCGAGGUUCAGAUCUGUGCCAGAGCUACUGGUGGAAGAAAUUGCGGUCACACUGUCGUGAUCAAGGGGGCAUCUUAUGACUUCCACAUGCUGCCGUCGGGACUACUCCACCCCACGACUACAAAUCUUAUCGGACCCGGUGUCGUCCUGCACGUGCCUACGUUCUUUUCCGAGCUUGCCACCACUGAGUCAAAGGGCGUUGAGAACUGCCAACAGAGACUCAAGGUCUCAACACGCUGUGCGCUGAACCUCGAUCUUCACGCAGCCGCCGACCGUCUUCGCGAAGGACAGCUCGGCAAGAAAAACAUAGGAACUACAGGUAAAGGUAUCGGUCCUGCAUACAGCUCCAAGGCAGAGAGGAGCACUGUGCUUCUCGCUGAUCUGCUUGACGACGAUGAGUUUGGAGACAGAAUCAGAGCAAUGGAGCGAGAUUACAAGUUAAGAUACGGCGGCGAGCUUGAAGGAUAUGACGUCGAGGCGGAAAUCAAAGAGCUUGAGAACUUCCGCGAGAAACUUCGCCCCUUCGCCAUAAACGAUAUCGAAUUCCUGGAGGAGGCCCAACAACAAGGAAAGAAGAUUCUUAUCGAGGGCGCGCAGUCGGCUUUGUUGGAUAACACAUACGGAACUUGGCCGUUCGUGACCUCAACAUCAACUACCUUCGGCGGCGUAAUGGCUGGCCUCACCCUCAACUACCGAAAGGUGGACUCCGUCAUAGGCGUCCUGAAGGCGUACACCACGCGAGUCGGGUCUGGGCCGUUCCCCACGGAGGAUUUCGGGGAGAUAAGUAAUAAGUUGCAGGAGAUAGGCCACGAGUUCGGUGUAACCACGGGACGCAGGCGUCGCUGUGGCUGGUUGGAUCUGGUCUCGUGCAAAUACUCGCAAAGCGUGAACCACCACGACGUCUUGAACCUUACCAAGCUCGACGUGCUCGACACGUUCCCGGAGAUCAAGGUCGCCGUCGCGUACAAGCACCCCGACACCGGCGAAGUCCUCGACGCCUUCCCCGCCAGCGCGAAGCUCCUUUCCCGGGUCGAGAUUGUGUAUAAGACUCUCAAGGGCUGGAACACCAAGACUACAGGGGCAAAAACGUUCGACGACCUGCCCCAGGAGGCUAAGGACUACGUUAAGUUCAUCGAGGACUUCCUCGGCGUACAUAUCAAAUGGGUCGGCUGCGGCCCCAACAGAGAGGACAUCCUGGUCCGUUAAUAUCCCCUUUCCCGCGGAU